CGUUGAGUUUCUCUCUCUCUGAUAACUAUUUUGGACAGAGAGAGAGUAUCAGUUGUGGACUAUGCUGGCAGCAAUGGCGAAUUCACAGGCAAUCUCCAGCGUUUUCGUGUAUGGAAGCCUCAUGGCGGACGACGUCGUUCGUGUCCUCCUCAAUCGCGUUCCUCCUUCUUCCCCAGCUACCCUCCAUAAUUUUCAUAGAUUUAGCAUCAAGGGGCGCGUUUAUCCUGCAAUUGUACCAGUGGAAAAUAAGAAAGUUGAUGGAAGGGUUCUCCAGGGAAUCACUCUUCCUGAAAUGGAUAUCCUGGAUAACUUUGAGGAUGUUGAAUAUGAAAGGAGGACAGUCGAUGUUACUCUGAUGGAUAGUUCCCAGAUCUUGCAGGCUGAUGCAUAUGUUUGGGUUGACAAGAAUGAUCCAAACUUGUAUGGGGAGUGGAACUUCGAGGAAUGGAAGAUAUUGCACAUGAAAGACUUCAUGAAAAUGACAAUGGGAUUUAUGGAAGAACUGGAACAACCAGAUUCUAAGACCAGGGUGGCAACUUAUGAAUCCUUCUACAACCAGGAAGGCAAGAAUUAGAAAAAAGGACAUCACUAUUCUUUUAAAUUAUUUGUUUAUUGUGUCCCAACAUUUGAUUACCUGCACACACUAUACUACAUUAGUUUUUGCUAGAAUUGCUAUUGGGUAAUGGUUUUUUACUGUGACUUGUAUAAAUUCUUGGCAUUCAACUUUGUUUUUGACUUGUAUAAUCUUAGCAGGGCUAUUGGGUAUACUUUAUAUGUAUAACUCAUUAACACCUCUCAAACUCGAGUUACUAUA